AUCGACUACCAGGCCACAGCAUCUGCAGGACACAGCUUUCUCACGACUACUUGCUCUUAUUCGCGCUCAUAACGCGAUUUGGCCUUUGUUUUGGUGGUAAUAGUCACCGUAUACAGCCUACAAGUCUCAGGCCUGCAUAUCGCAAGCAGACAUAUAACUAAACCUCAUCCGCCACCCCCGACCAAGGCAUAGUAAGCCAUGCAGCGCCAACGAGAGGUAGCGCCUACCUCGAUGGGUCCUUCGGUAGUGAUUGAAGACACUGCUGUGUUCCGAGAAGGCGAGGGCGGUCUGUCGAGCAGCGAGUCGCCAGAUUCUGGAGUGAUCGGUACGCUCCGUCUUCGCGGCGGCCAUCUCUCGAACCGACGAGUUGCUUGGAGUGACGAGGUCAUUGAUAAUGAGGGAAUGGGAAAGAAGAAGUCCAAAGUGUGCUGCAUAUUCCACAAACAGCGGCGAUUUGACGAGAGCUCAUCCGACGAGAGCUCCUCAUCGUCAGACGACGACAGCGACAGUGACGCUGACCAUAAUCCGAGCAAAGACGCCGACGCCGGGCCUUCGUCGAAUAAUCCCGACCAAGAAGGCCAUGGUGCAGGAUGCGCUCAUCAUCACCACCACAAGCGGCGAGCAAGGAAGCCGAAUGCCUACGAGCGACAGCCGAAGUACGGACCAAAGAAAACUUAAAAAAUGCAGAUGAUUUAGAGGAUUUGGUGGAGAGGGUUAGAAAGACACCUUUAUAUCAUGUGAAUACGGAGAAUUUUUGGUCGUGUGGCCCAGGAGUGUAUAGCGAUUAUUGUCAGGUGUUUCGUGUAUAUGGUACAUAUUUUAUGGCGUUUAAUGGACUUUUGAAAAUCAUGAAUCAAAAUGAAGAGUGUAGACGUUGUACGUCUUUGCUAUAUGCUGAGCUGCAAGUAGAACCGGAGUUCGGGUUCAUAUUUCUUAUCAUGCGCAUUCAUACAUCAAGUGUAGCA